UUAGAAGAGCAUAAACAAGAGAGAGAGUGAAUUCAUAGAGCUCUGGUUUUCGCACAAAAUCGCCGAGCAAACUAAAUUAGAGUGGUUGUUUUAUCCUGGAGGCGACCGGCUGAUAGUCUGCCGUGCGCAAUGAAGGCAGUGCCGCGAACGUCUUAAAGAGAGCGACCUAGUCUGCGACUCAGCCAAAUCGGUAACCCUCAUUUUUCUGUUCGAUUUCUAACAAUUACGUUAAUUAAUUUGCCUUGAAAGCUAAACAAUUUUGUGCAAAUCUUAGUAGGGAUAUGUUGUCAAAUUGCUUGAUAUGAGAAGUCUUCAUGUUCAAUCUCCGUGUGUUUCCCUAUUAGCAAAAGUCGUUGAUAUGCUGCUUUUGCUACUAACCUCUAUUGCUGUGCCAACGUCCUGCUCUACUACAAAGCUAAUUAAAAAGCCUCUAAUCUAAUUUACGAUUUUUGCUCUCUAUAGAUAUCACAUCGGUUGGAGUCAUUCGUUCCAUGGAAGCAUCGGUCAUAUGUAUGUUGUGAAGUGCGAAGCUUAACCAUCGGCAGCUGGCAUAGUGUCUCUUCUCUUGGAACGGUGGUGGAAGUUAAUUUAUUUCUUUCUAAAAUUAGAAGACAUGCAAGUACUAAUCACUUCCACUGCAGCUUCAAGAAAAGAAUAUAAUUGCCGCCACAAUUGUAGUUCAAAUAUUGAAAUUAUGUGAGUAAAUUAAUAAAAUUUUAUACUAUUACACACCCAACGUCUAAUCUGAACCAAAAUCCAAAUAAUCAUGUUUGGCUAGGUUCAAUUUGAUUUAAAUAGUGAUUCGACCCGGUUUAGUUUGCUAUGAACAAAAUUAUUAGGUAUGAUAUUUAUACACUAUUUUCUCGAAUUCAAAAUACAAGCAAAACGUCAAAACAAAUACGCCCUCAUUUUUUGGUGUGCUUUCACAAAUAUUGUGGUUUUGCUUUGUGAGGUUUGUGGUUUGUUUUAGGAGAUUUGUGGUUUGCAUUAGGAGGUUUUUGGUGUGCUUUCGAAACUUUUUUGGUUUGCUUUGCGAGGUUUCUGGUUUGUUUUAAUAUAUUUGUGAUCUGCAUUAGGAUUUAGGACGUUUUUGGUUUGCUUUGUGUAUUUUGCUUUACCGUGUUUGUGGUUUGCAUUAGGGGGUUUCUGGUGUGCUUUUAAAAAUAUUUAUGGUUUGCUUUAUGGGGUUUCUGAUAUGUUUUAGCGAAUUUGUGGUUUGCAUUAGGAGGUUUCCGGUAUGUUUUUUGUGGGUUGUUUUAUUGCGUUUAUGGUUUGAAUUAGGGGGUUUUUGGUGUUAGAAAUACUUGUGAUUUGGUUUAUUCUAUUUUGGGUUGGUUUUAGUGACUUGUGCUCUGCAUUAGGACAAUUAUAAAAUUGACUUGUACUCGCUAAUUGCAAUUACAAGUGAACUAAAUUGGUGUAUCUCAUAUCUGCAAUGAAAAUUAAAAUGAGUUAAAUUGCGGUAGUGGGUUUUUCAAUUUCAUUGACCCGAGGCUCUUAAAUUGCAGUAGUUGGUGUAUCUCAUAUCUUAUGUCUUUCUCCUAGGAAGAGAAGAAGAAGAGGACAGGGGAAUGAGGGGGGAUCGUUCAAGAAGAAUGAAUCGAACAGAUCUCGGGACUCAUAGACAAAGAAAUGUCGCCGGAACAGCAGGGUGAUGUCGAUUGUUGAUGAAAUCGACAUGGAGUAGUUGUAUGAUGUUGCACCACAACACCGACGCAGAAGUCCCAUAUCCUGCUCGGCGAGAACAUCGUCCACCGACCCAAGCUUCAACACCGACCACGCCGAUAGCCGGGAGAGCCACUCCUCGUGUCCCGACACCCCCAACCUGUAAUUACAUGUAUAGGGAUUCUCGUCGUGGUUGAACUAUGGGACGACGGCGGCCCGGUCGAAGAGCUUAAUUCUGGCGCAAGGAUCCAGUCGAGAGACAGGAUUAGGAACCCGGUGGAAGAUCCCGUCGUGUUGUGGCUCAAAUGGCCUUCCAGAUUCUUCUCCCUGUGCUGCUUCUCGAAAUGGAUCUGAAAGUAAUUCAUCCCGUCAAAUCUGUUGUCUUCUUCUCCUUCCUCCUCGUCGGGGGCCAAUUUUCAGAUGAUCUCGAUGCCGUCGAAUUCGUCCAGGACAGUGGCGGAUUGAGGAGCACUGCUUGCCUGAGAUUGGAGGAGAAGGAUCGACGCCUCAAUUGUCGGAGGCGACGUUCUCGGCGGCGGCAGAAGAGAGGACGGAGGAGAAGCGGGCAGAAGAGAGGACGGAGGAGAAGCGGUCGGGAAAGGUAGAGGAGGAGAUGAGAGUGAUCUGGGAAUUGAGAUAUUUAAUUCAAUUUUUAUUUAAUUAAAUUUGGGUAUGUUUCCUGUAACGAGAGUGAAAGUAGGAAGGACAUUUUGGUCUUCACAAUGACUUUUUUUUAUUCAUUAAAAAGACAUGUACUAGGAUUCGAACCAUGACCAUCUUAUAGAAAAGCAAGAAUCAUAACCAAUCACACUAAGUAGAUUUGUUGUAUCUUUUUAAAUUAAAAACAUAUAAUAGCAGGGAGGAAAAAACUCUUCCCCCAUUUCAAAUUCCCUGCUCCAGGAGCGUUUGUAGGAAGGGUAGAAUAGGGAGUGUCAAUUUUUUUCUCUUUCCUCUGUGGAACGGGCCAACUUACCGUACACAUGCGGAUUUAAACGGGUUCAAGAGUGUCAAUUUUUUUCUUUAAUCCCUUUUAUUUCUCCGUGGUGAUAAAAUAUAUAUGAAAAGGCAAAAAUAAUACUCCUUUUAUUGUUAAAAAUAAAAAAUUUAACAAUAAACUAAUGAAUGGUAUCUAAUGGC